AUGAAGUUCGCCACUGCUGCCCUCGUCGCUAUCGCCGCCCAGGCUACCCAGGUCUUUGCCGCCGCAGCCAUCGACCCCAUCGCUGAGGAGUGUGGUGCCCUGGGUGUGAUGAAGUACACGCCCAAGGCUGGCGAGAAUGUGGACAUUUCCAAUAUCCGCAAGUGUAAGGAACACCCGCUGAGCGUCAACGGCGUCUCCGCCGGGCCAGAGCAGGUUUCCGGCGCCCUCGAGAAGCGCGAGUGCUGGUACGGCGAGGACUACGGCUGUUCGAAGGGAUACUGUUUCCAGAAGUGCGGCAGCAGCGGUGAGUGGUGCUGGACCGCCUGGAACGGCGGGCUAGGCGAGUGGAGGAGCUGCGACUCCAACGCGCAAUGUGAUCCCUCCGCGGCUGGCUCUGCUUGUGGCCAGGGCGACUGCGACGCCUGCGGGUGCAGCUGCUAG